AUGGUGGCAUGCGCCAAAAACAUGGGUGUGCCCUGUGGUUCUGGGAUGUUCGGCCACGCGCUGCAUGCUGUUGCAUGUUUCAGCAAAGAGGAGAUCGCAGCCAGAGUGGACUGCUUGAAGAACACGUUCAUGUGGACGGAUGCUGAGGUGGCCAUUGCCGUUUCCAAGGCUCCAUUGAUGCUGACGAGGUCCAAGGAGUCGAUGCAGCGUAGCUCUGAGUUCCUCAUCUCCGAGGUUGGCUUGGAACCGGCAUACAUUGCUCGUCGGCCGGCAGUGCUCACUUACAGCCUGAAGGGCCGGCUCAGGCCCCGGUAUUACGCUGUAAAGUUCCUCAAGGAAAAUGGAUUGCUCAAUCAUGACCGGGACUACUAUUCUCCAGUUUUAGUGAGCAAUAACGAUUUCAUGAAGAAGUACAUAUGCCCUCACAAGGAAGCUGCACCACACCUUGCUGAAGACUAUGCAGCAGCUUGCAGAGGGGAAGUGCCUGCGAGAUUCAUAUUUGCAUGA